CAGGGGGCCCAGGGGGCACCGCCCGCUGCUCCUUUGGGCCUGUGGCCUGCCUGGCACCUCCCUGGGACUGUUUUUUCUUUAAUUUAAUUGAAUUAUUUGCUCUAUUUCAAAGUGUUGCCUCAGCACUGGCAAGAUGCAAACCUCAUCUGGCCCUGCUGUGUCAUAGCAUCUCUCUUCCCCAAAAGCUUUGUGGUCUGUGAGGCAGAUGCCUCCUUGGGAUUAUUUUGACUCCUCUGUUUCCCUCCUAAUACUGUUUCGGUGACUAAAGAAGCAAAAGAGAGCAAGAAAAACGAAUGUGUUUUUAUCUCCGGGGACCUUUAUCGUAACGGCCUGCAGAUAGCGUCCGAGCGCGGAUUAGGCAGACGAGGUUCUGUGGGGAAUCGGAUGUGUUUUAUUAGACCAGCUUAAAGAGUUUUUUUUUUUUUAGCAAGCUUUCGGGUUUCCAAACCCGUUGCCAGGCCGAGGAAGUCUCUGCGGCUUUUCCUUAGACUGUCACGGCUACAACCGACACCCCUAAGACACGGAUGAUGAGUUUAUGGGGACAGCGGCUGCUUCGAGCACGUUGGUCUUUUCAGUCAGGGCAGGAGGAGGAGGAAAAUGGUCGUCAGAAUGACUAGACUCGAUAGCAUGGGUGUCACCGAUGUUAUAACAUAUAUAUUUUAUCUCAACUUUUUGGCAUUAACCGAACGUGAGCGUAAUAAAACGUCAGGAUAAUUUCAGAAAAUGAAGAAAUGCUAAUAAUGGAAGCUCCCCUAUACGGGCCAUCCCCUGCUUAAAGCUGUUUCUCUUAGCGCGACUUCAUUAUAACGCUCACUUGAAAUUAAUAUCUGAUUUCACUUAGCGCAGAGUGAGUUUCGUUGUAACGCUUGCGGUUGCCAUCUUGAGUCAUUAAAAACAACUGCGGUCACCUUCUUGGGGUGUCAAAUACUUUCGGUUUUGCUUAAUGCUCAGUUUUUCAGGAACCAAUUAGGACCGCUAAGGGGGGUUGCCUGUAGUAGCCUGUCUAGGCCAGAGUUCAGAAGCGCUUUGAUUCCCACACAUCUAAGGACAUCAUAAGCAUUUCCUUUUUCUACGCUUCAACAGUCUAGAGAGGUUAAAGUUUUACUUCUUUUUCAGUAAUAACAUAAAUACGGAAAAGAUUAAGAAACUAGAUGAAACCAGUACGUUAAAGUGUAAUGUUCUGUGGCUUGACAGCACGUAGAAACACUAGUGUAUAUAGUUUCAAGAUUAGUACUCUCUCCUGAGCACUCCUGGAUCAGAAGUUACAAGUCGAAUUAUUUUUAGUCCCAACGGUAUAACCCAGUACUUGCAACAUAUAACACUAUUGGAAGGGUCUGGACACAGCUGCACAUGUCUACCCUUGUGGCUUGUUUUUUCUCUUGCUGGGUUGGAAAGUGGAUGGUGAAUUUCCUAGACUGCUUUUUGUUUUGUUUUGCCUUGCCGACAGCAACCUGUGAUUAACAUCCGUGACUGUGACCAGCCUAGUUGCUUCUUUACAACUUCCCAUUGCAAAAGUCAGAUUUAGGUUUCCCAAGGAAUCUCCAUGAAAUAACUUUGUGUAUGGUUUCCUCCCUGACAUAACUCAGCCCAGAUGUCAUAAGUUUGCCAAAAGAUUCAUUGAUGAACUCGGAUCAUCUUUUGACAACCAUAGGCUGAAUUUGGGUUUUGUAGCAAAACUUGAAAACAGGCAAAAAAUGCCUGUUUUUAUGAUAGUAGCUAGUUUUGCAUAGUUCCGAUGAACAUUUGAGGUGAGGAAUACACAGCUAGAGCAGAUAACAGGAUCUUUGCUUUUAAUUCAUCAGAACCUUUGGAUGAUAAAGGAAGAUCUGCGCUCUGCUUCUCAUUACACCUCACAGAUACAUGCAGACAGUUGAUUUGGGCCGACUGAGACCAGUGAGGUCAUUUCAUACACAAUCAACAGCCGUGAAAUAGCAGCUGGCUUUACUUACGAGCAAAUUUUGCUCAUUAUACACGCAGUCCAGCAAGCCUAUCUUAAUAUUUCCCCCUUCACAGAAGCCCAGUCAGCUUGUGGCUUAGAAAUGGGAGAAGAUACUUCUGGGCAGUGUAUGGCUUUCUGCUUAGAAACUUUUCAGUACUUGAAAUAGACCCUUCUGGCUCAGCAUGUAGGAAGCUGCAAUGUGGCAACACCACUCUUCUGGUGCAGGAAAGAGUACCCUUUGGCUUGUUUUGAAACACAAGGGAUGGACAAAUGGAGCUUAAUGACCAUUGCUGUCUUACUAGGACUCACUGUACGUUGGACAGUUUCACUUGGUUCUUAUUCAGGUGCAGGAAAACCACCUAUGUAUGGAGACUAUGAAGCUCAGAGACACUGGCAAGAAGUUACUUACAAUCUGCCCAUCAAUCAGUGGUACUUCAAUACCAGUGACAAUAAUCUACAGUACUGGGGCCUCGAUUAUCCACCUCUUACUGCUUAUCACAGUCUCUUGUGUGCUUGCAUUGCAAAGUUAAUAAAUCCUGAUUGGAUUGGUCUCCACACAUCCCGUGGGUAUGAGAGUCAGCCGCAUAAGUUAUUUAUGCGUGCAACAGUUUUUAUUGCUGACUUGCUGGUUUACAUACCCGCUGUUAUCAUGUAUUGUUGUUAUUUAAAAGAAACGUCAACUAAAAAAAAGGUCUCCACUGCUCUUUGUGUAUUGCUUUAUCCAGGUCUUAUUCUUAUUGACCAUGGACAUUUUCAAUAUAACUCUGUGAGCCUUGGCUUUGCUCUAUGGGGUGUACUUUUCCUGUCUAAUAAUUGGGACCUUUUAGGGUCAGUGGCAUUUUGUUUGGCCAUAAAUUAUAAACAAAUGGAGCUCUACCAUUCCUUGCCUUUCUUUUGCUACCUACUUGGAAAAUGCUUCAAGAGAGGCCUAACAGGAAAGGGAUUAGUGCUGUUAAUUAAAAUAGCAGUUACAGUGGUUGCUGCUUUUGCGAUGUGCUGGCUCCCAUUCUGCACAGAAGCAGAACAAAUCCUGCAAGUACUCAGAAGACUCUUUCCCAUUGACCGAGGCUUGUUUGAGGAUAAAGUAGCCAACAUUUGGUGCAGUCUAAGUGUCCUUAUAAAGAUAAAGAACAUUAUUUCACCUCAGACUCAGCUUAAACUCAGCUUUGCUUUCACAUUCCUGAGCCUACUUCCUGCUUGUAUAAAACUAACUCUUCAGCCCUCUCUCAGAGGAUUUAAAUUUGCUCUGGUUAGUUGUGCAUUGUCAUUCUUCCUAUUCUCCUUCCAAGUACAUGAAAAAUCUGUUCUUCUAGUAUCAUUACCAGUCUGCUUAAUCAUAAAUGAAAUCCCAUUCAUGGCUACAUGGUUUUUACUUGUAUCAACUUUCAGCAUGUUGCCUCUUCUGUUGAAAGAUGGCCUCUUAUUGGCCUACAUUGGGACAACAUUAGCCUUUCUUACAGUUUGCACAGCUUCUUUUUCAAUAUUUGAAAAGACUUCAGCAGAAGACCUGCAGCUGAAAUCGUUUUCCCUUUCCAUUUGGGGAUACAUUCCUUGGUUAAAGCCAUUCCCAAAGAUUGUUAAGAGUCUGUUUCUCGUCUCAAUAACUCUGAUGGGCGUCCUCAGUUUAAGCAGUGCUACGCUGAAUCCUCCACAGAAGCUACCAGAUUUAUUCCCAAUACUUGUGUCUGUUGUUUCCUGCUUACACUUCUUAAUCUUCUUGAUGUAUUUUAAUAUUGUUUUACUGUGGGACUCCAGAAAUAGUAGAAACCAGAAGAAAACCAAUUAGUUAAAUCCAAACCUGUAAAAAAUUCAGGAAUAAAUUGCAAAGGGACUGACUAUUUUCACUGAAUUAUGUCAUGCAGCUAAACCACUGUGUGUUUUAGUGUGCUUCCCAGGAUCUGAUGUAAAGCAGGAUAGAAAAUGUUUUGUACUGAAACACAAAUAAGUUGUUCAUAACUCUUAUUUUAAGGAAAAAGAAUUGCUAUUUCCAAAGAAGGUCUGAAAUUUAACUUGGCCUGUUAGUCUCCAGAAAUGUAAUACUUCUGAUGUUGCUUGUAAACUGAAAAUACAUAAUUAAAAGACCAAAAUCUUGAACCUGA